GCGAGUUCAUUUGUUAACGUCAACUGUUUACUCGCCACAGAUGGGCCAACUUUUAAUUUCUGAACAACUAAAUUAAUAAAUUUAAAUAAUUUAAGUAUAAUAACUUCCUCCAAUUAAUUAAAUCAUCAAGACUAUUAUUUGAGUCUAAAUUACUAAAAGGGCGACACGAUGCAGGUUGAAAGUGACUUAUCGACCCAAGAAAUGGACGAGGAUGUUGUCACCAGUGCUACAAUGAAUCCUUUGGGCGACAUGGCGCAGGUUGAGAGUUAUGACUUACAAAUUGACGAAACGAAUGUCGCCACCAGUGCACUAAUGAAUCCUUUGUUGUUAAAUUUGAUUUUCUCCUACUUGGACGCCCCCACCCUGAAGGCCUCGGUGCGACCGGUUUGCACCCUGUGGGCCGAUCUAGGCGCUCCCUUCCUCGGGAAAAAGACCACGCUGACGUUCUCGGAACUCAUGACAUGCGAUAUGGAGACCCCCAAAGCAUUCGGACUGGCCACAUUUCACCCAAAAUUGGCCAAGAACGUCAAACUCGUCUCGUCCAAGUGUCCCUGCGAAUCGCCGGAACGCCUCCCACGAAAAUUUACCGCUGCCCGGCCUAAAAUUGCGCGCUACUUGGAAGAACUUGAGGUCAAGAUCUACUCCUCAUUUUUACCCGGGCUGCACAAAUUGUGGAGAUCAAAAUCACAUCUUUUCGAAAACCUAACAAAAAUUUCCAUCACCGUUUUGCUCUCAUCUGACGAAAAUCAGGGCACGAUUCUGACCGCGUCUUAUCCAACGAUGGCAAACGUUAGAGUGAUUUUGAUAAAAAUGACCAACCAGUACGAAACCGAGCAGGAUGAGAUGGCAGCCUCCAUAUGUCAAAAGCUGCUCAAUUCUACCCCCAACUUGACCGAGAUGGAGGUGGAGGCUAGUUUUUAUCUGGAUUUCGCCCCCUCCAAGAAACUCUCCAAGCUUACUUAUGCGUUUGUCCAAUUUUUCGACUGGGACACUGAGGAGCCCCCCGGGGUCAUGGAGAUUGGCAAAAUGGCCAAAAUGUUGGAGUCCUGUCGGGAAUCUUUGACCGAGUUGAGUCUCUCCCAUGUGGGUGAGAAAAUUGACGACGAGGAGGACGACGACAUGCCGCAGCCGCAGACUUUAUCUCUCCCUUCAUUCACUAGUUUGACCCGGCUGUCAAUCUCUUCCAUGGAAGUUUACCGCUUGGGUGAUUGUCUGUCCGCGACGCACCUCCCGAAUCUGACCCAUGUCAGCCUUGCCGGCUGUGUUCAGCUAGAUUUCACCCUGUCCGACAUUUUUGCUAAUUUGCUGCAACCUCACGUCGGAAUUACGUCGCUCGACCUGGAUGCCGUGUAUGACGGGGAUGAACACUAUGUCGACAUUGGCACCGAGAUCAUCCGUGUUUUCCCCGCCGUGAAAAUGUUACAGUUAAAGCUAACCAUUUCAGUACACCUGUUGGUUGAAAACUACGACGACAUCCGCCUCUUGAAGAAAACCCUGCGAAACUUUGCGCCUUGGGAGCUAACCUCGGCGGUAGUGCAGAUACACAAGGUGCGCAGUUCGGGUGUCGUGUUGGGCACGAUGCAAGGUUUGAGGCGAUGGAAAGGUUUGGCACAUACCGAGGUUCGACUUUACGCAGAUAAGCAACCUUUUGUCCUGGGUGAAAUCCUUAAAGAGGUUCUUUUGGCGUGCAGGGAGAUCAAGCUGUUGAAAAUGUUGGGAUUUUUGAUGAAGAACAGGGAUGAAUAUGAAUUUCAAGAAUUUAUUGAAGAGAACAGUCUACCGAUUACUUUUUCGGAGUAAAUUUGUGACAAGAUGGGACUCCUGUUGUUAAUUACUUAAAUAUACAUACAAGCUUUAUGAAUUUUUGUUAAGUGACGAAUGCAAUUCUUUGAUACGUAAAAAAAACAUGUAAAAAAUACGCCAAAUCUUUAAAUAAAAUUGUAUCUUCGUUUAUAACUGUAGCCACCUAA